AUGUUUAUUUAAUAACCACCCUCCAGACAACCCUAUCUCCAACCAAAAUUGCCUUUCCAAUAAUAAUUCCAUCAAAAUAAUUUUAUACAGCAACAUUUUGCACCUUAGAUUAAGCAAUAAUUUGUUGGUCAAAAUUAAUACAAACCUGAUUUGAUGUCCAGUAUUCCUUUUGCUAAAUCAAUUUAGUAUGAAGUCCCAAGAUAAAAUGAACAAGCUCACAAUAACAAUUAAGAUCAAAAAAAGCAUUCCUCCGAAAUGGUUUAGUUAAUUAAGGAGAGUUAAGAGUUAAAAAAAAACAUUAAUGAAAAAGAUCAGGAAAUCUAGAAAUGCAAAUAAAACAUAGAUAGGCUUGAAUAAUUAAUAGAUUACUUAGAAAAAUAAUAAAAGGAAGCUUAAAAAGAGUAAUGA